AUGGCCCCUAAAGUGAUCACUUAUGGACCAGUACAAUAUUAUGAAGAUAGGUCCCUGAAGGGGCCACUCUGACAACCCAAAACUCUCAAGUGGUUUCUUGAAAAGCGACCACAUUUGGCCCCUAAAGUGGUCCCUUAUGGACCAGUAAAAUUUUGAGAGAUUUGGCCCCUAAAGUGGUCACUCUGACAACGCAAAACUCUCAAGCGGCUGUUUGAAAAUCGACCAUAUUUGGCCUCUAAAGUUGUCCCUUAUGGACCAGUCCAAUAUUAUGAAUUCUGGCCCCUGAAGUGGUCACUUCCACAGGGAGCAACUUAUGCCGUAUCCGAAGUAAUUUUCGCGAAAUUCAAAAUUAUCUCUGACCCUCCAAAAUCUAGUUAUCUUUUUCUUUCUCUGACGGUCAUUUUUAAUUUAUUUCAUUUCCAGGAAGUUUUCCAACAAUUGAGCCCCGGGAAGUGGAAAGAGCCACGCCGGCGACCGUCCUCCCCUGGCAACCCAUGAACAAACUCAACAUUGUCGUUUCUGGCCCAGGUUAUAAUCAAAAAUGAGAGAAAAUUAUUUUUCGUACGCAACGUAUAGUGACAAAAUGAUGGGAAAAUGAAGAUUUUUUUCAAAAAAAUUUUUUGAAAUAUUUUUCUGUCCAAGUUUUGACAAAAAAAUAGUGAAAUAUUGAAAAAAAGCUGUCAUUCUCAGAAUUUUUUUGACCUUUUUUUGAAGUAUUUUUUUGAUGGAAAAAAAUAUAAAAUAAUAACGGACUAUUUUUGAUGAAAAAAAUGGGUUUAAAUUUGGAAUUUCGGUUGUUUUUUUCUGUAUUUUUUUGAAAUUUCUCAAUCCUUUUUUCAAGAAAAACAUUUUUCUAUUGAAAUUGAAAAUUAAAAUGUUCGAAUAAAAAAAGAAAAAUAAGCCUCAAAAAAAUUGAUAAAAAAAUAGUGAUAAAAUCGUGGAAAAAUGGGUUGAAAUUUUUUUGAAAACCAGGAAUUUUUCUCUAUUUUUCUGAGCAUUUUAAGGGUCUUUAAAAAAAGGAAAUUUUUUUCUGACGGGUGUGAAAAAUCGAAAAAGAGAAUAAUAUAUAUACUUGACAAAGAUAAAAAAAUAUGGAAAAAAAUGGAGCAAUUUUGGUGAAAAAAAUUGGUUAAAAAAAUUUGAUUUUUUUCUUUAUUUUUUUGAGGUUUUUCAAGGGAUUUCAAGGCAUUAAAAACAACUUCCGAGGGAAGCUAAAAAUAAAAAUAGUUAAAAAAGAGAGAAUAAUCUUCAAAAUUGAUAGAAAAUAGUGGAAAACUAGAGCAAUUUUGAUGAAAAAUGCGUUAAAAUUUAGAAUUUCUGUAACUUUUUGCAUUUUUUUUUAAGCUUCUGGUAGUUUGAACUUGCAAAAAAAAAGUGAGGAAACCUUCUAAGAAGCCUUCGAAAUGGCCUAAAUGAUAUGAAGCCUUAAAAGUAACUUUAAAAAAAAAGUACAUUGUAUGGAAAAAAUGACUAGAUGAAGGGUUUCUUGAGCUUUCUUAUAGUUUUUUUAAUCGAAAAAAAUCUUUUUCGUUGGAAAUCGAUUUUUUUGGUUUUUUUCAUCUCAGUUAGGCUUAAAUGAGUAUUUAAAAAAAUAUUUUUUUCCAUUUCUAUUUUUUUGCCAAUUUUUCAUAAUUUUUCCCGAGAUUCCCGUUUCAAACCAUGUUUAAAUAUGAUGAAAAUUCAUCCUUUUUUAUUCAAACGACAUUGUCAGGAAAAUAUUUUUGCAUCAAAAUAGAAUUUCGAAAUUAUUUCAAAUUCAAGACGAAUCAAUGGACGUCGAAAUGUGUUGUGCGUCGUCCUCAACAUCAAAUCCGGGCAAUAUCGAGGAAAAAAUCGGGAUCAAAAGCCCGAGGGCCGCAUUUUCGGCCUUCGAAGCACUUCAUGGGAUUGAAGGUCCAUUUUUCCCGAAAAAAAUUUGAGGAAGGAGCGAUUUUUUCUAGACUUUCCGUGCUCUGAUGCGACUUCGUUUUUGGAUUAUUCCAAUUCGAAUGUCGCCUUGGAAAUGUUGAACGAAAUGAAUAUUAUGCGGCAGGAUCUGAAGUUGUGCGACGUUGAGAUUGAGGUGAGGAGAAAUGAAAAAAGAAAAAAACACUACGAAAAUUUUUGGCCACUAUAGAGGCUCGCCAAGGACUACUUGGAGAGGACACUUAAGUGGUCACUAUUCUCCGUUUUAGUGGCCACUUCAGUAGUUUUUCAUCCGGUAUUCCUUCCAGUAACUCUGAUAAUUUUGAAACAAACGGAUUGGAACAGUUAUGUUGAUCCAUUGACCCCUAAAGUGGCCACUAAAAUUUUUUGUGAUCUAGUAGUAGCACUGAGACCUCUAUAGUGACCACUUAUUUUUGACCCCUUGAGUGGCCACUAAUUUGACUACUAUAGUGGCCACCGAAACGUCAAAACCCUAUAGUGACCACUAAUUUGACUACCACACUAAACGUUUUCCCUGAAAGUAAGGGUAUUACUUUAUCUGGGAACCGUUUUAGUGGCCACUUCAGGGCUCUAGGUUUCAGACGUUCUAGUGGCCACUAUAGUGGUGAAACAAGCGGUUUUUAAAAUUCAACGGGUACUGCUAAACCACUAAAAACUACUAUAGUGGCCACUAAGACUCCAAAUAGUUGUUUCUAUAGAGAUGGCUUUAGUGGCCACUUUAGUGUCCUCUCCAAAUAGUCUUCAAUGAACAUCUUAAGUGGCCACUAGAGUUUUCCCCAGAUUCAAAAAAAGUAUGAGAAUGAGAAAAAUCAGGUCGAGUAAGAGUGCUCCAUUGAGAAUACGAAAAAACGGUCAGAUUUUUUAUGAGUCUACGCCAGAGUGGUCCCUAGAGGGGCAAUCUUAGAGGCACUUGUAGGCACUUGCCAAAUUGACCGCUCUAGGGGUUUAGUUGGUGGUCACUUUAGGGGAGCAUGCUAGUGGUCUCUAUACUUCUUUUUAGUUUUUAAAUCUGCCAAAAAUAUUUUAAAAAAUCACAUAGGAACCCCUCGAGGUUUAGGGGGUCAGGGAACAGAAUCUAAACCCCUAUAGGGACCACUUGAGCUUUAAGGGGCUUAGAAUCAGACCCUGAAGCCCGAUAGGGACCACCUAAAUUUUAGCCCUCUAGGGAACACUUUUUGUCCCCUAUAGGGCCAUUUUUCCUCCUAACCCCUAUAGGGACCACUCUGUCGUUCUUAAGACUUAUUUGGGAAUAUUAUUUGUGUCGAUUUACUCAUUUUUUCCUCUGAAAAAUGACUGAUUCUCAAAAAAUUGAACAAAAUUCGAUUCCAGGUCGAAAACCAGAAACUCUAUGCUCAUCGGUACCUUCUGGCGGCCGUUUCCCCAUAUUUCCGAGCCAUGUUCACAAAUGGAAUGAUUGAGACGACGAAAUCGAAGAUUGUCAUGAGGGUGAGUUUUUUGAGGGGUUCCAGGGGUUUUUGGGCUUUUCAAGAGCUCAAGGGGUCUUUAGGGGAUUUUUUAGGGAUUUUUUUGAGGGAUUUUUUUAAGGAAUUUUUUUAGGGAUUUUCAAAGGAAACUUUAGGGAUUUUUCGAAAUAUUUUUAGAAUUUCUCAAGGUUUUUGUAGAAAUCCAUCGUCUAAAAAUUCGCCUAGGAACUUGAUUUUUUUGACUUUUUGCUUGACAAAAAUCCCGUAUAUAAUAAUAAUUGAGCUUGGCACUUAUUUUUCGUUUUUUUAUUGGUCGCAUUUGGAAUGGCUGAAAGCGUUUAUUCCUGGCGCGACCGACCUAAAACGGCUUGCGCCGAUAGGUAGCCGAAAACCUUGACCGCUCCGCUCUGAGCCAUUCCAAGUGCGGUCAUUGUACUUUUCCAUUUUUUUUUUUUUGAAAAAAUCUUCGAAUGAAGCUUCCCACCAGUUUUUUAUGUCUUAAAAGGCCGCAUUUGAAAUGGCUAAAAGCGUUGAUUUGUGGCGCGACCGACCUGAAACGGCUCGCGCUAUAGGCUUCCCAAAAAUUGAUUGAUGACCGCGCCGCUCUGAGCCAUUCCAAGUGCGGCCACGACAUUUUCUCUUGAUUUUUUUCAACUUUUAUCGUUCAGGACGUGACCAAAGAGUCAUUAGAACUGUUAAUCGACUACAUUUACACGACAAAAAUUCGGAUAACCGGCUCAAACGUCAUGUCUUUACUCUUUACCGCCUCGAUUUUACAGGUUUUUCUUUAAAAUUCGAACAUUUUUUUGAGAAAAUACAAUUUUUAGAUGGACAAUAUUGUCGGCGAAUGUCAGAAGUACCUGACCACGGUUAUUACCUUGGAAAAAUUGCCUCAAAUUGUUCCAUUUUGCCGAAAGUUACAAUUGUACCCAUCUUCUCAAGGCUUCCGACGCGUUUAUCAUCGACAAUUUUUUUGGUUUGUUUCAGGAAAAAGAAAAUUUGAAGAUUUUUACUAGGUACAUCGACUUUUCAAGCAAAAAAUUAUGAAGAAAAGAAAAAAAUAGCAAUUUUUAGAAAGUGAAAAGAUUCUGCUACGAUUUUAGGCACUUUGCAAAGCGCGCGCACUUUUUCUGCAAGUGCCGCACGGUUUCAUUUUUUCGACCGUGAGGUGAUUUGUGCGCUCCAUGGCUAAUUGAAUUUAGAAACUUUUGAAAACGCAUUUUUAGGCUUGGAAAAUUUCUUUUAGCCUCAAUUAUCACUGAAUUUUGACCUUGAUUUUUGGAAGAAAAAGGAAAAAUUUGGUCUUUUCAGAAAAUCCGGAAAUCGGAAGAGUUCUACACGUUGUCCUUCAAAGAUAUUGAGUCGAUUUUGAAACGAUCCGAAUUGCAUGUGCAAAGUGAGGAACAGGUAAAGAUUGGUUAUUUUUCACACAGGUAGGACAGGAAAAAUGAGAAAAAAUGUAUUUUAUAUACUAUUCUCAGAAUAAUUUCAUCAAAAGUCAGAAAAAAAUUAUGAAAAGUCGAUUUUUUAUGCAAAUUGGUAAGCAUUUUCGAGCUUCUCUGACCUGUCUGCGCCCUCUUUUCUCUCACCGUAGAGGUUAUGGAAAGAGGGAAAUAGUGUGUAGGAGCGAGAGGGCGCAGAGAAAUCAAACUUUUUUAAGCACUGUAGAUAGAUACUCGAUUUUUCAUGACUUCUGACUCUCUGACCUGUCUGCGCCCUCUUCUCCCUCAUCUGCGAGGUCAGAGAAAGAGGGAAAUAGCGCUCAGAAACGAGAGGGCGCAGAGAAAAACAGGACUUUUUCCAAAUUUUGUCAAGAGAUGCUUGGUUUUUCAUGACUUUAAACUGUCUGACCUGUCUGCGCUCUCUUCUCCCUCAUCUGUGAUGUCAGAGAAAGAAGAAAAGAGUGCAUAAAAACGAGAGGGCGUCCAGAGAUUGAAGAAAGAGAAAAAUAGCGUGUAAGAACGAGAGGGCGCAGAGAAAUCGGAUUUUUCCAAAUUUUGUCAAGAGAUGCUUGGUUUUUCAUGACUUUAAACUGUCUGACCUGUCUGCGCUCUCUUCUCCCUCAUCUGUGAUGUCAGAGAAAGAGGAAAAUAGUGCGUGAGAACGAGAGAGCGCAGAAAAAAACGGGACUUUUUGAAGUUUCGACGAUAAAUACUUGUUUCGCCAUGACUUUGAACUGUCUAGCAUGUCUGCGCUCUCUUCUCUCUCAUCUGUGAUGUCAGAGAAAGAGGAAAAUAGUGCGUGAGAACGAGAGAGCGCAGAAAAAAACGGGACUUUUUGAAGUUUCGACGAUAAAUACUUGUUUCGCCAUGACUUUGAACUGUCUAGCAUGUCUGCGCUCUCUUCUCUCUCAUCUGUGAUGUCAGAGAAAGAGGAAAAUAGUGCGUGAGAACGAGAGAGCGCAGAAAAAAACGGGACUUUUUCAAGUUUCGACGAUAAAUACUUGUUUCGCCAUGACUUUGAACUGUCUAGCAUGUCUUCGCUCUCUUCUCUCUCAUCUGUGAGAUCAGAGAAAGAGGAAAGAGUGCAUAAAAAUGAGAGGGCGCAGAGAAAAUGAGACUUUUUCCAAAUUUUGUCGAGAGAUGCUUGGUUUUUCAUGAAUUUAAACUGUCUGACCUGUCUGCGCUCUCUUCUCCCUCAUCUGUGAUGUCAGAGAAAGAGGAAAAUAGCGUGUAAGAACGAGAGGGCACAGCGAAAUCGGAUUUUUCCAAAUUUUUUCUAUAAAUAAUUGAUUUUUCAUGACUUUUCCCAGUCUGACAUGUCUGCGCUCUCUUUUCUCUCACCGGAGAGGUCAGAGAAGGAGAAAAAUAGCAUGUAGAAACGAGAGAGCGCAGAGAAAAAGCCUUUUCAAUCAAUAAAUUAUCGAUUUCUCCAGGUUUUCGAAACCCUACUCGAUUGGGUUGAGUAUGACUGUGACACCAGGAAACAGUAUUUGCCCGAACUUUUGAAAACGGUAAAGUUAUUUAGUGAGUUUUUUAUAAAUUCCAAAUUUUCAGGUCCGACUGGCCCUGGUCAGCAUGAGAUUCCUGUGUGACGUCAUGAAUGAACACCCUUUUGUCAAGGUUUUUUUUUGAGUUUUAUUGAUUUUUUUGACUUCUCAAGAAGAAAUUCGAAGGGUUUCAUCAAGUUUUUCGUGAAAAAAACGGAAAAAUUGAUGGUUUUUGAGUUUUUCAUGUGUAUUCGUUUCGGAAAAAAAUGACUUUUCUUGUUAUUUUUUUAGAGAGAUUUUUAGUUUGAUUUACUGUUUCUAGGAAUGUAUUUUUUGGAACCCUUACAAUCCUGCAAUUAUUAAUGGUCGGAAAAAUUUUGAGUUUUUGAAUUUUAACUUUCAAAAAAAAAUAUUUUUUUGAUUUUUCCAGCUUUUUUUCGAUUUUUUUCUAGACAAUUUUUUUGGUGAAUAAAAAAAUUUUUGAGUCUUUUUUUCUUUAUUCAUCCAGUUUUUUUCUUCACAAAUGUCGCAAAAAAAUGGGUCUUUUUCGAAAAAAAUUUUUUUGAUUUUUUUCUGUUUUUUUCCAUUGAUAAAAAGAUUGUUAGAGAAAUGUCUGUUUUUUUCGAAAAAAAAAUUUUUUUCUUAAAGGCAUAGAGGCAGUAAAAAACGGUGUUUCAGUUCAAAGCAGUACUUUGUAGAGCUUUUCAUUGCGAAUCGAACGGUGAACUUGGAAAUGUAUAGAAGUUCCUAGUUUCGGAGAAAAAAUAAUUCAAAGUCGGAGAAAGGAAAGUUUGAGUUCCCGCAAAAAGGGCGCUUUGCAGUAAAGUUGCUCUAUGGACAACAGGCUUUCCCAUCUUCCGGAUUUUCGCUUUUUUCUUCGUUUCUUUCGGUUUUUAAUUUUUUCUGUUGUCACCAAAGUUCUUUUUGUCACAAAAGCUUUCUAUCCAUGUAUAAUUUGCAAACUUUGAUCGCAAAAAUGCGUUUCUGGUGAAAAACGAUGAUUUUACACAGGUUUCGAUUGGGAAAGCGAUUAUUUGUGUUUUCUAUAUUGUUAAUAUGUGUUUUCUGUUUUCUUAAUCAAUUUUUCAGAGAAGAAGUCCUUAAUUUGAAUCAGAUAUCCGGUUAUUUCUCACAAAAUGCGAGUCUAAUGAGACGUCUGCAACAUCGCGUGCACGGCUACUGUAAACAUUUGUCUGCAUACCGAUCCAAAGCUUUUUUCAAAAUUAAAGGCGGGAAAGUGAAAUUGCGUUUUUCUUCUAGAAUUGUCACAUCUGUAAUUUUUUUGAGUACACCAUUCGAUUCGCAAAGAAAAACUAUAUAAGAUACUGCUUUCACCUGGAACCCCAUUUUUUACUGCCCCUAUGCCUUUAAGUUUUCAUAUUGUCUCACUUUACCAUUGACUUUAUUCAAAAAAUAUUGGAAACUAUGUAUUUUUUUCGAACUUUCUAUUGAUAUUCAUUCACAAAAUGAUAGAAAAAUGAACGCCUUUCAGAUUUUUUUGAAAUUGAUUUUUCCCUUUUUCAAUAUUUUAUUGAUUUUCUUACAAAAAAUCGAUAAAUCGCGUCCAAAUUCAAGGAAUCACGGGAAUGCCGCGACGUCGUCUUGCAAGCCCUUUUCGCGAUUCUGACGCCUUUCCGGGCGUCGACCGGAUCCCUGGCGUCGGCUCUGAGCGAUUCCGGAACCGGACAGUAUGCCGCCGGAGCUGAAGUUUGUUAUUUUUCCAGAAUUUUGACUUCAAUUUUCCAAAUUUCUGUCCCUUUUUGGUUGGAGUAACACUUCAGAAGUUGAAAAAUGAUGAUUUUAGCUUGAAAAUUACGGCUCCCAUCCAAUAGAAUGAAAAAAGAUGGCCGCAUUUGGAAUGGCUUAAUUUAGAAGAUCAAAACACUGAAGUUACAAAUCGAAUGAAACAAUCGAUAGGCUAGUUGAGGCGGAGAAACGAUUUAAAUUCAAAAUUCAAAGAUUUUCCUGGACCUUUUUUUCAUAAUGGCUCGAUGUCACGUUUUUCUAACCAUUCUGAGUGCUCCUUAUUUUGCGCCCGACCUUGAGCGGCUUUGGUGAAACACGCAACGCUCAGAGCCAUUCCGAAUGCGGCCACAUAUUCUCAUAAUGGCUCAAAGUUAGGCGGUCGCUUAGCAUUUUUUAUAUUUUCCUAUGUUUGUUUCUGCGCCCGACCUGAAGCGACUUUGGUGAAAAAUGCCAUUAAAGCCAUUCCAAAUGCGGUCACAGAUCAUGGUUUUUUUUUUGCGUUUUCCUAAGUUUCCCUUGCAAGCUUGAUUCUGCGCCCGACCUAAAGCGACUUUCGCAUCAAACCCUAGAAAAUACGUAACGGUUCAAGAUAGCCGUUACGCGACCACAACGCGUAUAGCCAUUCCAAAUGCGGUCACAUAUGGCUUGGCAAGCUUAAUUCUGCGCCCGACUUAAGACGACUUUCGCAUUAAACGCUAGAAAAAUACGUGACGGUUCAAGAUAGCCGUUACGCGACCACAACGCGUAUAGCCAUUCCAAAUGCGGUCACAGAUCCACGAAUUUUCAGUUCUCCUCCAUCUCGAUGUACAAGGCGUUGAUGGCCUGUCCGGACUACGUCUCUUCGUCGGAUUUGGUUUCGACGACUUUUCCGGCCAUCCAGAGGAUCCCCAGAAAAUCGGUGGCCGGCGUCGUUUUCUGUGCCGGCGGCAGAGGUCCUCCAGAUUUUUUGAAGAUUAAAAAAAAUUCAAAAAAAUCAUUUUUGCAUGCAAAAUAUGUGUUAAAAUGAGAAAUUCGAAGAAAACUCUUUUAAACUCUCUUCGCAGUUUCACAAAAAGGUUAAAAACCGAAAAAUGACAUUUUCUGUGAUCUCUUGGUUUUCCUUAUUCAUUGCAUCUCGAAACUGUCUGAUUUCUCUGCGCUCUCUCAUUUUUCUGUGCUUCCUCCUCCUCUAACUUGAGAGGUUUGGAAGAAGAGGGCGCAGAGAGGUCAGACUUUUGAGAAAUGGAUGACUCUGGCUUUGCAACCGACCAAAAACGGCUUGCGCUUUUUGAAGCAAAUCGAAUUUUAAGUACAAUCGCAGCGUUUUUAUGGCACAAAAGUUGGAAAUUGAAUUCACGCAUAUUAUUGGUUAGAGAGUGUGGUAGACGUGGAGGCAGAAGACAUCCGAUUUUUGCCGGCUCUGGCUUUGCAACCGACCAAAAACGGCUUGCGCUUUUUGAAUAUUUGAGCCAAUUUUAGUGCGACUGAGGUUUUUCAAGUGGUCAUGGAGCCGAAAAAUGAAUGGAACGCAUGUGAAAGGUUAGAUAGUGUGCUUAAAGGAGAGACAGCAGACAUAUCGUCUCCUCUUUUUCAAUGCUCUCUAAUCGCGUGAAAAUAGAAAAUGUGAGGCGGCAGACAUUUCCUUUUUUCUCUGCACCCUCCACGCUCUCUAAUCGAUUUAAUGGCGUGUCUUUUUCUUCUGUGACAAAUUGGCAGAAAGUGAAUAAAUCAAUAAACUUCCUCAUCUGAAAAAAAAAAUCAAUAAAAAGGUUCAGGAACGGCUGGAGACCCGUUCAUGACCGUUGAGGCGUAUGAUUGGCGAAAAAAUACCUGGUUCUAUAUUCCCGAUAUGACGACGAAAAGAAGACAUGUUGGGCUGGUCAGCGCCUUGGGACGAUUGUAAUCUCGAUUUUUUGAAUAAAAGGAAUUUUUCGUGAUUUUAAAGGUACGCGAUUGGUGGCCACAGCGGAGUUACACACCUCGAUAGCGCUGAGGUUGGUUUGGAACGAAGGGCAAACCCGGGCUCGCCCCCGGGUUGACCCGGUCACAGGCUUGUGCAAGGGGUGUCCCGUCAACUUUUCCGCCCCUGAAUAUUCUUUAAGCACCGUUUUGAAGGUCUACGUCCAAGAAAGCAGCAAAUGGGAAGCGAUCGCCUCGAUGCAACAUCCGCGGCGGGGAAUCGCCGUCGCUCCCCUGGAAACGGCGAUUUAUGCCGUCGGAGGCCUGGACGACAAUUCCUGCUUCAAGGUUUCACCUAUUCGAAAAAGUCUGAUUACUCUGCGCCCUCCCUUAUUUACGGGCUGUCUCCUCGUUCCGAGAAAUUGGAAAGUCUGACUUCUCUGCGCCCUCUUGAAUCCGCCUACUUUUCUUGUUAAUUCAAAAAAAAAUCGUUUACAGUGCUGUUAUGACCGACUAGGCUCAUAUUUCAAAUUGUACUUUGUCAAAGACUGUUUUCUCUGUGCCCUCCCGAAAUCAAAUGCUGUUUCCUCGUUUCUCUGACUUUAGGAGGAGAAAGUCUUUACAGUUUCAAAAAAAGUUCAAAUCUAAAAAAAUUUCCUUUGUAAUGUUUUCCAUGACAGUUGUUUAUAGCGAAUGUAUCUUAUCUACCGUAACCUUGAAACUGUCUGAUUUCUCUGCGCUCUCUCAAAUUCGAGUGCUAUUUUCUCGUCACUCUGAUUUUGGAACAGGAGAGGAAAGAGAGCGCAGACAGGUCGUCCUGAACGAAAAACUCAAACUUUUUCAUUUCUCUGGAUCUCUCUAGUUCCUGUGAUGUUUUCAAGUUUUGACCCCCGCGCAGACAUGUCAGACUGUUGAAAUUUAUGAAAAAGGAAAAAUUAGUCCGAUUUUAUCGCGCUCUCUCUUUUUGGACGUGCUUUUUUCAAGUUUUAUGAUCUUAGAGAGAAGAGAGCGCAGACAUGUUAGACAUUUUCUGUUCAUACGAAAAAGUUCAAAAUAAGUCUUCAGACCGUCGAACGGUAUGACAUCGAAUUGAACACCUGGAGCAAGGUGGCCGAUAUGAACCUCCAAAGAGGCGGCGUCGGAGUGGCCGCUUUAGGUAAUCAACUACUUACCUGUCCAGGUAACAUGAUCAAAUCCAGGUAAAUACCUCUACGCGGUCGGCGGUAAUGAUGGAACGUCCUCUCUGGACUCCUGUGAACGUUUCGAUCCUCUUCUGGACCGGUGGAAAUAUGUCAAGGCGAUGAAUAAUCGCAGGUAACGUUUUGGGUCGCAUUUGGAAUGGCUCGAUGCUUUUUUACGCCUCCGCGCGCAAGUCGGUUUUGGUCGGGGAGCCAGGGUUUUCUUGUGGAUUUUUCAAAAAUGCUCAACUUUUUCGAAAUCAUAAGCAUAAACGUUUACGCAGCGUAAAUGUGAUGGUAAACUUGGAAUUUUCUCAUGGAAUUUUGUGAUUUGUAAGUGUUACCAUUUAUAAAUUAGUAGGGUACCUUCUAAAAAUCCGUUUACGGCUGCUUGUUUACGUUGCGUAAACGUAAAUACGAUGACAAACUUGAAAUUUUCUUACGGGUAUUGGUUUAUUGUGACCUGGACGUGUUAUACUAUCAGAAUAAGUAAAAAAAAAUCCGUUUACGCUUGCCUAUUUACGCUCCGUAAGCGUUCAAGAUGGUUUCUAAUUUCGAUUACCCCGUUUUUCGAUAUUCCAAUAAGUUUCAUGGGUUUUUGUGACUUUCUGGAAGAAUUUACUCAAAAAAAUGUAUUUUUCGUUUCGAGAUUGUAAACAUGAACGUUUACGCAGCGUAAAAAGGAUGGUAAACUUGAAAUUUUCUCAUGGAAUUUUGUGAUUUGGAAGUGUUACUUUUGAAAAGUUGAUAGGCUCUGAAAAUCCAUUUACGGUUGCCUAUUUACGCUCCGUAAACGUAAAUCUGAUAGUAAACUCGAAAUUUUCUCACGGGUACUGGUUUAUUGUGGCCUGGACAUGUUAUUAUUCCAAAAUGAAUAGGUUCACAUCUCAAGAAUCCGUUUACGCAUGCCUAUUUACGCUGCGUAAAUGUGCUCGUAAACUUAAAAAUUUAAUACGGAUACGGAAGUCGUGAGACCUAGAAGUAUUGUCACGUCAGAAUUAAUAAUUUUACUUCUGAAAAUCCAUUUACGGUAGCUUAUUUACGCUGCAUAAAUUUGCUCGUAAACUCAAAAAUUUCCUACGGAUACGGAAAACUUGAAACCUGGACAUGUUAUCUGAAAAAAUUGAUAGGUUCACAUCUCAAGAUUCCGUUUACGCAUGCCUAUUCACGCUUCGUAAAUGUGCUCGUAAACUUGAAAUUUUCCUACGGAUACGGGAAUCAUGCGACCUAGAAGUAUUAUCACGUUAAAAUGAAUAGUUUUACUUCUGAAAAUCCAUUUACGGUAGCUUAUUUACGCUGCAUAAAUGUGCUCGUAAACUUGAAAUUAUCUUACAGAUCCUGGAUUUGUGAGUUUGAAGUUAUUUUCUGCCAAAAUAAAUAGGUACUCUUCCGAAAUUUUGUUUACGCCCUCGCAUUUACGCUCCGUAAACGUUGAAGAUUGAAGAAAGGAAGAAUAAUGUUCAGAGCCGGCGCCGGCGUCUGCGUCCUCGACGGCUGCGUUUACGCGAUCGGCGGCUUCGACGACAACGCGCCGUUAGCGACGUGCGAACGUUACGAUCCCGCGGCGGACGUCUGGACCGCCAUCGCGAGCAUGAAGAGCGCCCGCGGAGGCGUCGGCGUCGCCUCGAUGGGCGGUCGCGUCUACGCGAUCGGCGGCCACAACGGCACGCGAUACCUGAACACGGUGGAGAGCUACGACCCGGCGACAGAUACGUGGUCGCUCGUCGCCAACAUCAAGGAGUGUCGCGCCGGGGCUGGCGUCGCCUGGGCCGAUUGCAGGUGAGAAUGACGGUCUGACUCGUCUGCGCUCUCUUCUCUCUCGCCUAGGGACAUAACGUAAGAGAGCGCAGAGAAGUCAGACGCUUUCGAUGCGUCAUUCGCAACAGUAUGACUUGUCUGCGUUCUCUUCUCUCUCGCCUAAGGUCAUGCUUCGAGAGAGCGCAGAAAAGUCAGACGUUUUCGAUGCGUCAUUCGCAACAGUAUGACUUGUCUGCGUUCUCUUCUCUCUCGCCUAAGGUCAUGCUUCGAGAGAGCGCAGAGAAGUCAGACGUUUUUGAUACGUCAUUCGCAACAGUAUGACUUGUCUGCGCCCUCUUCUCUCUCGCAUAAGGUCAUAACACAAUAAAGAUAAUCUGUGUCUGCGUCUCUCUGUUCUCUCGCCGAAAAGGUCAGAGAAACGUGAAAAAAGCACGUCAACAAGAGAGAGUCAACGAGAGACAAGGAGGGCGCAGAGAAUCGAUCUCAAUUCGCCAAAACAGACAGGAGAGAGCGCAGAGAAGUCAGACGCUUUUAUAACGUCAUUCGCAACAGUCUGACUUGUCUACUAGACUGUUGCGAAUGACGUAAUGAAAGCGUCUGACUUGUCUGCGCUCUGUUUUCUCUCGCCUGAGGAUACCCCAUAAUAAAAUAGCAAGGAAACAAGAGAGAGUGCAGAGAAGUCAGACGUUUUUAUUACGUCAUUCGAAACGUUCUGACCCGUCUGCCUUCUCUUUUCUCUCGCUUAAGGAUACCCCGUAGCACGUCAACAAGAGAGAGCGCAGAAAAGUUAGAGGCACCAAAAUAUUCUGCUUCUCUGCUACCUCUCCUUUUUACAAGUUCUCUAGCUCUAUAAGCCAUUUUUCGAGUUCUGACCAUUUUUGGACCAAAAUCCUCAAUUUUAUGGAAAUUCAAUCGAUAAAAAUCAUCUUCAGGGUCGAUCAAUUAACAAUGUGUACCGUACAAGACAGCGGCUGUGCGCCAACUACCGGAACUCCAUGCGUUUGA